CAUUCUGAGACCCAGCCGGGCGGCAAUGUCAACGAUGGGGAGGACAUCUAUACGCGCAGGUGAUUGAAGAAGAAGACGGAGUGCUUGGUCGCGGUUGUGCGUGUCUGGCGAUCACGACACCACGCGACACGUCAGUGAUGAAUCCGCGACGUGUGCCUCUCGUUACGCGCUCGUUGUCGUUGUCGCUCGAUGUACAAAAUUCGGCAGAGGCUUGCCUGUGUUUGCGCGGCGAAAACGAUGUCGGCAGCUGCAGAAGUGGUUUAAAGGAGAGGACAAUAUGGGGCGCGUCACAUGCGCCCCCCAGUACGCUGAGAUUGUAGACUCUAUGCACACGCUUUCCUAGUCCAAUAUAAUUCGGCCUUGACUCUUACAGUCGUGAUGACCGCUCUAGCUAACGUCGCAGCGGCGAAUUCCUCCAGCAUCUCCAUACGAGCCCGUUCGCCCCAUCCUCCCGCAUCGCCUGAGCCGUCGCAGGAUGCCAAGGCCGCCAACUCAAAGGAAUCCAUUGAGCUUGCCGAGAUUGGCCAGAAUGCAGGAGCGUCCAUACGAGCGGCGAGCAAUACUGCAGGGUCGUCGAGCGAGACGACACCAACGACACGUAUCGACCGUCGCAAGUUGAACAUCCACUUCGCGGCGAUGUGUUUCUCGUUGUUCCUCGCAGGCUGGAACGAUGGCACGACGGGUCCACUACUGCCGCGCAUACAGAAAGUAUAUCAUGUCGGAUUCGCUGUGGUCUCCCUCAUUUUUGUUUUCAACUGUCUCGGUUUCAUUACCGCCGCUGCAGCCAAUGUUGCGCUAACAGAUAGACUCGGAUUUGGCAAGGUCAUGGUACUAGGCUCGCUAUGCCAGAUGGUUGGAUACGCACUUGCGUCGCCCGCCCCGCCCUUUGCGGUAUUCGUGCUUGGGUAUGCUAUAAAUGGCUUUGGUCUUGCGCUGCAGGACGCGGGUGCGAACGGCUACGUGAGCAGCUUUGAGCACGGCGCAUCGACCAAGAUGAGCAUCAUGCACGCCGUCUACGGAUUCGGCGCACUGUGUUCCCCUCUUGUUGCCACCCAAUUCUCUGAACGCACUCACUGGUCGUACCACUACCUCAUCUCGCUUAGCAUCGCUUUUCUGGCCACCGUGAUCCUUAUCGUCGUGCUUCGCUUCCGAGACCAGGACGAAUGCCUAGCAGAGCUUGGGCAAGCCACACCCGAGAAGACUGCCAGCAAUGAGGAGGGCAAGUAUAAGCAAAUCUUCCGCCUCCGCGCACUGCACCUCCUUGCCGUGUUCAUCUUCAUUUAUGUCGGCGUCGAGGUGACAAUUGGAGGCUGGAUUGUUACGUACGUUAUCGAUGUACGCUCGGGCGGUCCGUCGUCUGGUUACAUCUCGUCCGGUUUUUUUGGAGGACUGAUGCUGGGCCGUGUUGCAUUGCUCUGGGUAAAUAAAACGGUCGGCGAACGCUACGUCAUCUUUCUCUACGUUCUCCUUGCUAUUGGGCUCGAACUCGUCGUGUGGCUCGUCCCAUCUCUCAUUGGUGGAGCGGUCGCUGUGUCCUUCGUCGGCCUCCUCCUCGGACCCAUCUACCCGAUCGUCAUGAAUCAUUCUUCGCGGAUCCUCCCACCGUGGCUGCUUACGGGUUGCAUCGGAUGGAUUGCGGGCGUCGGGCAAGCAGGUUCUGCCUUCCUACCAUUUAUAACGGGAUUGCUUGCAAGCAAAGAGGGUAUAAAAUCGUUGCAGCCACUGUUGGUCUCAAUGAUGGGCUUCAUGGUCAUUCUUUGGGCUGUCGUGCCGAAUCACGCAAGACGAGUGGACUAGUCGCACAAUAAAUUUUACCAUAUUUCUGCACGAUGGUGCAUAGAUUUCAUUUUACAUUGCUCCAUUGUGCAUAGGUUCUUAGACUGGACGCACUUUCCAAUGAGACGGGCGAUAUUCACG